AUGAAUGGUUCUAACAUGACAUGGUCUGAGGCUCGACAGUCUUGUUUUAAUGAUUUGUCUUUAUUGUCACAUAAUGAUAUUGUAAUAAAUUCAACCACUCAUCUAAUUGCACUUGAACAUGUUACAGAAAAAACAUCAUUAUAUUAUUGGAUGAAAGCUUAUGGUAUUGAAACUCAAUUUUGGAUUGAUGGUAUCGUUUCAACAUCAUCAUGGAAUUGGUCAAAUCAAUCAAUAACAUGGUAUUUUGAAGUAAAUGAACGUGCAGUAACAGGCAAUGGAUCGAAUUUUAAACUUGUCUAUAAUUCAACUCAAACAACUUAUCAAAUAGCUGAUGAUGCUGAUAAAAUAUCAUUGAAUUUCAUUUGCGAAUAUCAAAUACCAUGUAAUGAUAGUGAUCCAUGUCAAAAUAAUGCAAGAUGUUACAUGAAUAUUGGAAGAGAAAUCUGUAUUUGUGCAUCAGGAUUUACUGGACACUAUUGUGAAACUGAAAUUAAUGAAUGUUUAUCAUCACCAUGUUUACAUGGUGGAGUUUGUAUAGAUGGUAUAGAUAACUAUACAUGUAAUUGUUCCGAUGUAUUUUAUACUGGAUCAAAUUGCGAAAUACCACUCGAUGAUCCAACACAAAGUCAACGUUUAGCUGCAUUUUGGUCUGUUCUUGGUGUUGUAAGUGGAUUAGUAGCUCUUUUAACAUUAUCUGAUUUACCUUGGCGAGAUAUUAUAACUACAAUUGGAUGUACAUGUCAUGGUUUAAAAUGUUGCUCUAAACAAAAUGAUGAUGAUGAAAAUAUCAAUGAAAAUAUUCUUCAUUCAUCAGAUUUAUCUAUAAAUGAUCAUAAUUUACGAGUAAACAAUAUGUCAACAUCUGAUGAAAGACUAACAUCAAACGGUAUUAAUUAUCAUAUAAUGGAUACAGUAUGGAAUCCUGAACAUAUACAUAAACAAACAUUAUUAAAUUCUCAAAAUAAUACAUAUCGUACACCAGAUCAAAGUACAACACCUAGCAAUGCACUUAUACAACCAUUUGCUGCUGCAACUAUGGCUAAAAAAAAACAAAAAGAAUUAGAAGAUAAACAUAUUUAUGCUGUUAAUAUUAAUGAAACAACAAAUUCAACAUUGAAUACAAAAGAUCCUGUUAAUACAAUGAUUAAUUGGACACAACAAUUACAAGAACAAUUACGAAAUACAAAAGCUCGUGAAUUGAGUGCUAGUUCAACUAAACAAUUACUUAGUUCAUCAAAUACAAGUGAUGGUUAA